GUAUAUCAAAAUAUCCAAUUUAAAGAUAAUUGGUGUAGCAUGUGGUACAGUUGACACAACCCAUACUCUGCUAUCAGUAUCAUGGUAUAUCAUAGUAUCAAGUGUUGUGGGAGUGACUGGGGGAGGAACAUUACAUUCACACACUUCAAUACAACCAUGUUCAGCACACACACGGCCAUUCUCUGGCUCAUCUAUCUACUUUCUGUUUGCACCAACGGAAAUGAACCUCUACCAUGCGACGACAAGGACAGUGCCAAGACUUCAAUGAUGAGACUUAAGCUCACCUUGCUGUGUGGCUACGACAAGUACCUGCGUCCUGUCUUACAUGACUCGAACAAGACUGAAGUUGGGUUCUUGUUAGCUCCAAAACUUAUUGAGUUUGAUGAUAUGUAUAAGACUCUCUACCUGAAGGCUUGGCUAAGCAUGAACUGGAAAGAUGUGCACCUUUCCUGGGACAAACUGGAACAUGAUGACAUCGACUCGAUAAUGCUCGAUUCUUCCAUGGUAUGGGUGCCUGAUCUCUCCAUCUACAAUUCGAGGCGGGAGGUUAACCUAGACCAAGAAGUGCAUCCUGUGAUGAUCAAAUCAUCAGGGGAUGUAUAUGCUUUGUUCACGCCGGAGAUAACAGGUCACUGCAUGCCUAACUAUGCGAACUGGCCAUAUGACAUCCACAAGUGCGAUAUUACUCUAGGUUCGAAGCGUUACAUGGGUUCGACUGUCAACUUUAAAUUUUAUUUUGAUGAAGAGGGAUUGUACAUGGAUUUUCUACUGCCAAAUAAUGAGUGGGAAUUGAUUGCUACCAACUCCUCUAGAAAUGAGAGUCGGGUAGGACCUGAUAACGACACAGACACAGAGUUUAUGGUUACUCUCGACUACCAAUUCACACUACGACGUCAUGCUUCUGUGUAUGUGGCCAGUUACCUGAUACCGGGAGUUGUGAUGAUGAUUCUAUCCCUGGGACUCCUGUGGAUACCUUCCGAUAAAGUGGAAAGAACGGCCAUUCUGUGUACCUUAAUGAUUAUACAGCCACUGUAUCUCCAGUAUCUGGCCUACAAGAUUCCAUCCAACGGAGAUACCACACCUUACCUAGUUUGUUACUACCGUGACUGCUUGUGUCUGACGGGGCUGUUGAUUGUUGAGACUUUAGUGACCCGUUCCAUGGUUUCGUGGGCUUCAGAUCCUCCAUAUUUGCAGUCAAUCUUCCGAUUUAUUGCCGGCAACCGAGCAUUACAGUAUCUUCUAAUCAGUGACAUAGACCCAAAGAAUGCAGCCAAGUUGAUGGAAGCGGGCAAUGAUGAGGGCUCCUCUCUUGUUGCCACUGACCAGACACAGCAGUGGAAGCUGCUGAUAGACAUAGUCAACAGAUCUAUGUUUUAUCUUCUGGUCCCAGUCUACCUGUUGUUGUCUGUAAGCUUGCUGCCUUUGAACAUAUCUUUUAGCAUUAUAUGAUCAGAUGAAUGUUUCUUCUAAAAUUGUUAUACUCAAAUAUUUCCUUUAGAGUAAAUAUAAAAUUAGGAUUUACUUCAUUAUAAAAAGUAUAUAAUUUAUUCUUUUAAUAAAAUUUUUAUAUUAUA